AUGGGCCGUGGUUUCUCCAUAUUCAAGCGCCGUGGGCAUCAAUCUACCGAGAGGUCUAUCCCCAACAUGUCCAGUCAACCCAACCACACCUUCAACUUCAACCCCGAACCCAGCAUCUACCCGGACAGCUCCAACAAAUCAGCAUCCUGGGACCCCCCAGCCUACCAAGAGCAUCAAUCCGCAAGCACUCAAGCAGGUCAGUCCCAGAUUUCAGCCGGAGACUCGGACUUCGACUUCCUCAAAGACUUCGAUACAAUCUUCCUCGUCGAUGACAGCUCUAGCAUGUGCGGACCCCGCUGGCGCGAAGCCGAAGCCGCAAUCGCCGCCAUCGCACCAAUCUGCACCCAACACGACAGCGACGGAAUAGACGUCUACUUCCUCAACCACCGAAAUACCCGUUUCACCCACGCCAACCGCAGCAGCACCAGCGGUGCCUACGAGAACGUCACCAGUGCGCAGGAGGUACGUGAGAUCUUCAGCAGUGUCACUCCGCGCGGAGCCACCGCAGUUGGGGGACGGCUCCGCGACAUUCUGAAGCCGUACAUGCAGCGUGUGGAGCGAAUGCAGGCAUCGCAGAACCAAUAUGGGGAUUUAUCUGAUCCGUCGCUGUUUGUGAAGCCUGUUAACAUCAUUACAAUCACGGAUGGGGCAUUUACGGAUGAUACGGAGAGUGUUCUUGUGCAGGUGGCACGGAUGUUGGAUACUAGUAGUCCUCAGUGCCCGCCCGCCUUGCCGUGGCAGGUUGGGAUUCAAUUUUUCCAGAUUGGGGACGAUAAAGAUGCGAGUAAAUAUUUGCAGGAGUUGGACGAUGAGUUGGGCAGGUAUUGCCAAGAUGGGAAAUUGAGGGAUAUUGUGGAUACGGUGCCUUGGAGAGGUUCUACGGGGUCAACAUUGGAUGCGAAGGGAAUCUUGAAGUGUGUUUUGGGGUCAGUGAAUAAGAAGUUGGAUCGGCAACGAGUUUAG